AUGGGAGCGAACUCAGCGUCCACUAAGGGUACAUUUGGUCCCGAAACCAUCAAGGGCACCGGUAUUGCCCUGAUCGUACUCACUUCGCUCGUUGUGUUUGCACGCUUCGCUGGCUCGAUCCGUCGAAUCAAGGAUAUCAAGCCGGAAGACUGUCUCCUCCUCGUUGCUUACCUCUUCUUUUUGGCACUCAGCAUCCUCUACAUCUAUAUUGCACCUGCUAUCUUCCGACUAGCGUCUCUUGAAGCUGGGUCAAUACCAUAUUAUUCAACGGUGGAGGAAGAUUCUGUGCGACUACAGAUUGUUUUCUUCGUCAACACUUCCUCGCUAUGGAUCUGUCUGUGGAUGGUCAAGUUCUCACUUUUGUCGAUGUAUAAGCGACUCUUGGUUGGAAAACCUUAUAUUGCAGUGUGGUGGAUUAUCACAAUUUCCUGCACUCUGUUCCUCAUUGGCUGUAUUCUCUCAUCCUGGUUUUCAUGUUCGAGCUUCCAUGCAUGGUUCACCGCGGGGGCCUGCAAUACACCGCGCGAUCAUCGCGCCGCCGCGAUCAGCCUCUAUUAUGCAUAUGCAGUAGACAUCAUAACAGACCUUGCAAUAAUGGCUCUGCCCAUACGCCUGAUCUGGCACUUGAGAAUGCAGUUGAAACAGAAGAUGAGCAUUGGCGGCCUUUUUUGUUUCGGCUGGAUCUGCAUCCUCAUUGCAACUAUUCGCGUUGUACAAUUGGGGAAUUCUUCAAAUGAAUCUUCAAGAGGCACUCCAGCCACAUCAUGGCUUGCUAUGUGGGGAAUCAUCGAGGCCUCAAUCGCGGUUAUUAUUGGCUGCUGCCCUGGCCUGUACCGUGUCGUAAAGUCUGUCAUCUCUCCCUCCAAAGCCUCAUACGAUUACAACUCAUACAAUGCACGCGGGCGUGGUCUGAGUGGCAUGCCAUCUCAUAGAUCAGGUGCCCUAAAUAUUGCAUUGUCAAAUAUUUCGGGCAAAGACGGGGUAUUUCAAUCAGCCAGUGCCUACCGGUCCACGAGUCCUUCGAGUAGUCAGGAGCAGUUGGCACACGCCCAUGGUCGAGGGGUCAUCCUCAUAAAUCAUGGGAUUGAGGUGACCAUUGGGGAGCGCACGCAUGAUUUUGACCGCGAUGAAUACGGUAAAUCGGAUCAUUCUUUAUGA